AUGGGUAGAACUUACUUUGUUGAGGAAGCUAUUGGGCAGUAUCUUUCAGACCUCAGCACAGAAUUAAAGCCUUAUGUCACAGGCCUGUUAAUAGGGCAGUGUUCCCUGCAAAGAGACUAUGUAAUUCGGGCUGUUCGAACGCCUCCAAAGGAAGAGCAGAAGGAAGGCAACAUCUGUCCUUCAAAACUAGCAUCCAUUGAUGAAGAAUGGAUAACUACGCAUGCCAGUCAGGUUUCUAGAAUGCUUCCUGGAGGCUUAUUAGUUCUUGGCGUAUUUAUUAUUGCGACUCCAGAACUGUCAAAAGACAGUCAAAAUGCUUUGCGCAAGCUAAUCUUCUCAGUGGAAAAGUCCUUGACUAAAAGACGGCUCUGGAAACCCACUGAGGAGGAGGUCUCGGACAGAGCAGCUCUUCAAGUUUGUUCUGCUACAAAGAAAGUAGUUUGCCGAACCUAUGAUGUACAAGAUCCAAAGAGUUCAGCUAAACCAGCAGAUUGGAAAUAUCAGAGUGCUCUGUCUGCUUCCUGGUUAGCUUUGGACUGCACAGUAAAUGUUAAUAUUCACAUUCCACUUCUUGCUACUUCACCGAACCAUGACUUGGAGAAGAAUACCAAGGUAACUAACUGGCUGCACCAGCUGUGUA